CAGGGGCCGGGGCUGAGGUCGAGGCGGGCGCUGCCGAGCCGGGCCAUGGCGCUGCGACAGGCUCUGGGCCGCGGGCUGCAGCUGGGCCGGGGGCUGCUCCUGCGCUGGGCGCCGCCCCGGCCGCUGCCCGUCGCGCCCCCGCCGGCGGCCCGGCUGCCGCUGCCCGCCCGCUACCGCUUCUUCCGCGAGUCGGUGUCCGGGCUGGCGGGGCGGCUCCGGCGGCAGCUGCUGUGGCGGGGCCCGCGGGCGGCCUGGGGGCUGAGCCUCGCCUGCGGGCUGGGGCUGCUGGAGCAGGGGCUGGAGGAGCAGCGACAGGCCGCCUCCGCCUGCCGCCACAUCCAGACCAUAUUUAUCGGAAAGAACAAGCCACUGAAAGAUCCACUGAGCGCUUUCCGCUGGCAAGGCUUCAAGCUAGAAGAGUACCAUAUUGGGCAACCCAUUGGGAAAGGGUGCAGUGCUGCUGUAUAUGAAGCAGCUAUUCCGUUGUCUUCCAACUACCAAAGCAGUGAAGACAGCAAGGCUUUAGAAGGAAAGACUCCAGAUACGCAGUGGGAUCACUGCCCAGAUAUCCAGGCUGCAGAAGCGAAACCUAUACAAACAAGCCAGCAAAGAGCUGCUUUCCCAUUAGCUAUCAAAAUGAUGUGGAACAUUUCGGCUGGUUCUUCAAGUGAAGCUAUCCUCAGCACCAUGAGACAGGAACUCGUUCCGGCGAGUGGUUCUGCCUUAUCUGGGGAAUAUGGAGCUGUUGCUUGCCACAGGAAACCUGUCUUUGGGAAGAAGAAUUUGAAACCUCAUCCGAAUAUAAUCCAGGUGAUCCGAGCUUUUACAUCCUCAGUUCCUCUGCUGCCAGGAGCAUAUGUGGACUAUCCAGAUGUUCUCCCAUUAAGUCUGAACCCCAGUGGGAUCGGUCACAGCCGCACGCUCUUCUUAGUGAUGAAGAAUUAUCCAUGCACCCUGCGCCAGUACUUGAACGAGAGGAAUUCAGAUGCCCACCUCAGCACCUUGAUGAUCUUACAGUUACUGGAAGGCGUGGAUCAUCUUGUUCGACAUGGAAUAGCACACAGAGAUUUAAAAUCUGACAAUAUCCUGGUUGAAUUGGAUUCUGCUGGCUGUCCCUGGCUGGUGAUCACAGACUUUGGUUGCUGUUUGGCAGAUGAAAAUAUUGGCUUGAGAUUGCCUUUCACCAGCUGGUAUGUGGAUCGGGGAGGCAAUGGCUGUCUUAUGGCACCAGAGGUGGUCACAGCAGUACCUGGUCCAGGUGUCCUGAUUGACUACAGUAAAGCAGACGCAUGGGCGGUUGGAGCGAUAGCGUAUGAAAUCCUUGGACUGUGUAAUCCUUUCUAUGGCCAAGGAAGGUCCUCUCUGGAAAGCAGAAGCUACCAAGAAGACCAGCUCCCAGCAUUGCCAGAUACUGUGCCCUUCGAUGUGAAGCAGGUGGUAAAGAUGCUACUUCAGCGGGAUCCCAACAAGAGACUGUCUGCUCGAGUUGCAGCUAAUGUGCUUCACUUAAGCCUCUGGGGUGAAAAUAUUCUAGUCCCAAAGAGUCUGAAACUAGACAAGAUGAUCGGCUGGCUUCUUCACCAAUCUGCAGCCACUUUACUGAUGGAUGGACUGGUGGACAGAAGCAGGGUAGAAACUAAGAUGAAGACGUGCUUUUUGGCAAAUCUGGAGUACGAAGAUCUUUGGGAGGCAGCAUUUUUACUGCUCUCUUGGAGAAACCAUUCUGUCUGAAGGGUACAAUUCUGUGGGUGGCCCUGUGGUAGAUAAAUGGCAUUUACUAAAAGCACUUGGGAAUCUGUCUAAUACUUCUGUCUCUCUGGAAGCCUAAAAUACUUUAAGGAAAAAUAUCUGCAGGCCUGGUGUAUGUGUUAAUGUAAGAGGUUGAGUUUGCCUACAAAAAGCAUUAGAAUAAGGGUUGUUGUCUUACCUGUAGAGAAAACAGCAUUGAAUUGUUAUGAGAAUUGGUAGGGUUUGGAAAGUGUUUGAAGGAUAUCUGGUCGGCUUCAUUCACACCAGAGAAUUUAGAUUUACUGCUUGAAGCAAAUUCCUUUACAAAAGGGUUUAUGCACUGAAGGAGGUAUAACACAGCUGCUCUUUACAGAAAAGCAUUACAGUUGCACUUUUGCUAAUCCUUUAUAGUUCGAACAGAAAAUCAAUAUGAAGUUGAACUGAUGGAACAAAAUUAAAUCUUUGUUUUCUUAAAUUUGAAAUCAGAAUCAUUCUUAUUAAAAUCAUAUUCCUCUGUAUCUAUGGCUUCCUUUUAUGAAAUGACAGUCAAGAGCAUCAUGAUUGAGCUGUUUAUCUGUGAGGAGUCCUGUCAGGAGCUGCAGGGUGGGUUAUAAAUGCACAGCCAAAGUGCGUAUCUAAUUAUAUGUGAAAUGCCAUAUGGGCACUCAGUACAGAACAACUAAUUUCUGUUUUCUGGUUGAUUUGCUGUAAUGACAUUUUUAUCCCUGCUUCUUAUAAGCAUAACAAUUUGAGGGCUCUCGCCAACUGUAAUAUCCAAAUCUGAAUUUCACAAGCCAGGCUAGCGGUGUUAGAAGGUCCCUGCAUGAGCUGAACUGGAAUACCAAAUCCAGACAUCUCCCGGCUUUUGAGAAGUUUGGAUUCAGAUCUUGAUCUGAACUAAGCAACUGAGUCACAUCUCUGAUCACAGCAGGUCAGUACUUGAACCAUUGAGAGAGACAUGUGUCCUUUUAGACUGUGUAGAUCUAGUUCUUUUAACCAGAACUAAAAUUCCUUCCAGGGACAUUCUACUGUUUCAGUGUGCCAGGCUCAGAGAGAAUUGCAUCAUGAUUGAGAGAAUGGUGAAAGAGGGUGUGGGGUUAAUGGCUCUUCUGGUAGUUAUGCUUGACUCAGUUCCUUAUUAUAUAUACCUGGUUUUCUGUUUCAUUACCAGGGCUUAUUCUGUGGUUGCAAGAAAAACACUAUUUUUUUAAUCAGCAACAACUGUUUUAGUGAAAAUAUCAUGAGACUUUAUAGCUGUGUAUUGUGAGUGUUUGAAAAAGUUAGCUAAUUUUCCUCUUUGCACAAUAAAGUGGUGACUGUGCUGUUACAAUGAA